UAUGUCUUGUGGCGGUAUUUCCGGAAGGUGGGUGAGAAAUUUUCACCAAGUAGUAGACUGUAGUGGACUGGUGCGUAUUGUAUAAAUAAGCAUUAACGUAAAUAUAAGUUUUUAAUUUCUACGUAUUGAAGGUAGAAUUUAAGCAAAUUUAAAUUUAAAUAAAUUUAUUUACAAAAUAAAAUACAAUAAAAAAAAGUAAUUAAAUAAAUAAAAAAAUAUUUCUUAGAAUGAAAUGAAAUAUUUGGUCCUUCACUGUGGGAGACAAUCUCCUAUUUAAAGUGAUCACGUCAGAUUUGAGCAAAUUUAUAGGCAUGAGUUAAACCUGAUCGCGUUACCCUCUUAAUCAAAGUGACAUCAAGUUUAAAGUUAAUUCUCAGUAUAAUUAAAAAAUGGGAUUUUCAACGAGUCUACAAGGACAAUCUUCUCAUGAAGCUUUGUUAGGAAGACAAGAUGCUGAAAUUAAACUUCUGGAAACUAUGAAGAGAUGUCUUACCACCAAAGUUAAAUCCGAUCGCGAAUAUGCGUCAACUAUUUCAUCUUUGAGCAUUCAAGGAAAGAAAGUUGAACGUUAUGAUGACCUUGCUGGCAGUUUGAUUACUCAGAGCUGGAGAGAUAUCAUGGAUUCUAUCGAUCAGACAGCUAGAUUAAUUAAACAACAAGCUGAUUCUAUGGAAAGUCUUGUUGUCGAACACAUUGGAAAUCUCUAUGUGGAAAGAAGAAAAGCUAGGAAACUUUAUCAAGAAGAACAAACAUGGCUUAGUAAUCAAUUUCAACAGCUAACUGAUGAUGUCGCAAGGAAAAAGACAGAAUAUCAAAAGAAUUUAGAGGCUUACAAAUUGACUAGAGCUAGAUUUGAAGAACACUAUGUUAAUCGUGGAAGAGGAGGUAGAAAAUUAGAUGAUGUGAGAGAAAAAUAUCAAAAGGCCUGCCGUAAACUUCAUCUUACUCAUAAUGAAUACGUACUUUUACUUGGAGCUGUUGCUGAGUGUGAACACGAUUUGAGAAGUUGUUACCUUCCCAGUCUUCUUCGCAGGCAGCAAACUAUUCAUGAAGAAUUCAUAGUAGCUUGGAAACGCAUUCUUCAAAAUACCGUCAAGUACUCGGAUUUUACUUCAGAAAAAUUUCAAGAAAUCCAUGCAAGAGUACAGGCAGCUGUCGAUUCAAUAAAACCACUUGAAGAGUAUAAAGAUUUUAUUGGAAAACAUCGAACACGACCGGCAUCCCCACUACGUUUUACCUUCGAUGAAAAUCUAGUCGACGACACAUCUGGCAAGCUAUUGCCAAACAAAUUAACCGUAGACAAUCUAACGAUAGACUGGUUACGUAGUCGUUUAAAUGAACUAGAGAAUUCGUUGAAAAGUACUCAACAGAAUCGUUUGGCUGCUCAGUCAUCAAACGAAAAUACCAGUGACCCGAGAAUGACGAUGUUAGAUUAUUCGCGAGAAAGAGAAGAAUUACGGUUAAGGUGUCAAGAAAAAAAAUUACAAAGACAGGUAGAAGUAAUUCGUGGAGCUUUGAAUGAAUUAGGAUGUGAAGAAUUACCAUCAGGAUGUGAUCUAUCCAUGGAAGGAUCAUUUACAGAACCACCACCAGUACUUAAGAGAAAUACAGUUGCAGAUAAUGGUAUGUUUACGCUGAGACGAAAUCAACGAUUCAUGACAAUGAUAAAGACCCCAUUUAAAUCUAUACCUGCGACGAAUGUUAAUGGUAUUAUUCGAGCAAACAGCGUAGGAUCAUCAGCUAAGCCAAUUCGACCCCGCCCGCCAGGUCCAUGCGGGAUGAACAAUUCGAGUAAUGAUCAAAAAAGUAACGGAGGAUUAAUGGAAGAAGAGUGGUUCCACGGAGUAUUACCACGAGAAGAAGUAGUGAGACUUUUAGUUGUCGAAGGAGAUUUUUUAGUUCGGGAAACUAUGAGAAAUGAAGAAUCUCAAAUUGUUUUGUCAGUUUGCUGGGACGGUCAUAAACACUUUAUUGUCCAAACAACUCCUGAAGGACAUUUUAGAUUUGAAGGACCAACUUUUCCAACUAUUCCAGAAUUAAUAAAACAUCAAUGGCAAUCAGGAUUACCAGUAACUAGUCGAUCUGGUGCAAUAUUAAAAACUCCUAUUCCACGUGAACGAUGGGAGCUUAAUAAUGAUGAUGUAAUUCUCAUAGAGAAAAUAGGACGAGGUAAUUUCGGAGAUGUAUAUAAAGCUCAAUUGAGACCGUGUAAAACGGAAGUAGCUGUAAAAACAUGUAAACUAACGCUACCCGACGAACAAAAACGUAAAUUUCUGCAAGAAGGUCGAAUUUUAAAACAAUACGAUCAUCCAAAUAUUGUCAAGUUAAUUGGAAUAUGUGUACAAAAACAACCGAUUAUGAUUGUAAUGGAAUUAGUUCCAGGAGGUUCUUUAUUGACGUAUUUACGAAAAAAUUCAAGUACGAUAUCAACUGGAGAACAACUUAGUAUGUGUAGAGAUGCAGCUGCUGGCAUGAGUUAUUUAGAAUCAAAAUUUUGUAUUCAUCGUGAUUUAGCCGCACGUAAUUGUCUUGUUGGCUAUGAUUCAAAUGUUAAAAUUUCGGACUUCGGAAUGUCGAGAGAAGAAGAAGAAUAUAUUGUAUCUGAUGGUAUGAAACAAAUUCCUAUAAAGUGGACAGCGCCUGAAGCUUUAAAUUUCGGCAAAUAUACUUCACUUUGCGAUGUUUGGAGUUAUGGAGUACUAGUGUGGGAAAUUUUCUCUAAAGGUGGUAACCCAUACAGCGGAAUGUCAAAUUCACAAGCUAGAGAAAAAAUAGAUGCAGGUUACCGAUUACCUGCACCUGAUGGAACACCAGAAGAGGUCUAUAGAUUGAUGCUAAGAUGUUGGGAAUACGAACCAGAAAAGAGACCUCAUUUUGACCAAAUUUACACAAUUGUUGAGACGUUUUGCCUAGCUUUCAAUCCUCCAAAUAUCGUUUGAACUCUUGUAAUAUAAUCAAUUAAUAAUUUCUCAAAUUUUAAUAUUUCAAAAAAAAAAAAAAAAAAAAAAAAA